AUGGCUGCCGAUUGUAUAUCUCCUGGCAAAUCCUGGCCAAGCAGUGCAUCUCGACCUGCCAGUGCCUCCACCAGACCGCCAAGUGCAGGGAGCGUGCGUGAAGGAUCUCCUGGCCAGCUUUCGAUUGCAAUGAGCCAACGUCCGACCAGUGCUGGCAGCGUGCAUGAUUCGGUCGGCAGGCCUUCCACUGCAUCACUGUAUCGACCAGCCAGCGCAGGUAGCACAGCGCCAACUAGCGCUGAAGGGCCAAGCAGGCCUAGAAGCGCCCAAAGCCAGGCCAGCCCUAACCCAGCAUCUGCACCGUCUGCACGCAGAGCCUCGCUGGAAACAGAAGGAUCUGUGGCUCGCAGUGCGCAAGGGGACUCACCCUCGAGGGCGAAUCGGCCUUUGGGCCCACGUUCACUCGAGAACACCACACAAGGCUCCGACCUUUCCCGCCGCGCUGUUGAGGAAGAGCUGCAGCAGCCAGUCCUGACACCUGUCCCCAACUCACUUGCAACUCCACUCGAGAAGCAGAUAGGCACAGCAAUCGGACUUAAGGGCCGAAGCCGCAUUGUUCCUCGCCUUCCGCGAGACGUCGUGCAGUGUUUGCACGGUCAAAGCUGUUGCUGGCGAUGGUUGGCCAGGGCGGCGUUGGAACAGAUUCAUGGUAGCAGUUUGGCGAGCAUGAGCCUUGCAGACGGCGUCACGUUGAUGAAAGAGGAGCUCGAGCAGCUCAGGGAAGAGCAUUCCAUUAAGGAAACAGAGCGUGGACGAGCAGAGGCUGCUGAAGAAAAUCUUGCCUCAUUGCAGAAGCAGCUCGCAGCAACCAAAGUGGACUACAAGGAAUUCAGGGCCCUCGAGCGAUCUCACGGCCAUUUGCAAGAGGAGGCCGCAUCCUUGCGAAUAUCCACAGGCAGCCUCAUGGCUCAGCUGGAAGUGCAGAAGCAAGACUCGGCACGUCAACUGGCAGCGAUGAGCGGGAAGGCCGAUGCAGAAGUAGCGGCGCUGCGACUCAGGGCAGAGCAAGCAGAGAAAGAGCUGGCCAAGUCACAGGCAACCGAAACUGAGCUCCGUCAAACAGUGGCAGGGCUAAUCCAGGGAAGGGAUGAGGCAGAAAAGAAGAAGCACACCUCGCCUGUGUCCACACGCCGCGUUAGGAGCGCGCGCCGAGCAAACCGAAAGAGCAGCAACAAAGAUGGUUCACGCUCCAAGUCUCGACCAGGGGGCAAGCAGAGGGGGCGACGCAAAUGA